AUGGAUGUGCUAGAUUCUCAAAGGCAGGUAAGCGGCGUAUGCUUCGACCUUCUUCUUCAAGAACUUGUGCCGUUAUCCUUGAGAGUGUCGCAUUUUGAUGACAAAAAAGGGCAACUACAAGAAACCGACAAGGACUAUCAAACACGUAUUGAUACCAAGCUACUGCAAUUAGAUGGUGAUUACCCUGGCACUGUUGCAAUAUACGACUCAAAGACCCUCAAUGAAGAUGAGGAGACGCUCAAGGUAGAAGCUUACGGCUAUUCAACCGGCCUUCGACUCACAGAGGUUUUGAUGUACAAGGCAGGCAAUCUGCUCAACAAAAUUGUUGACAUCUUGGACAUAAUGAAGUUUGUUUGUCGAGAUGUCUGGAAAUGUCUGUUUAACAAGCAAAUGGAUAACCUUCGAACGAAUCAUCGUGGUACGUUUGUCCUCAUAGAUAACGAGCAUAGGCUUAUAUCUCGCUUAAACAGCUCGAAGGGCAAUCCAGAUUCAAUAAGCAAGGCACGCUCGUAUUUGUGGUUUUCCUGCGGUCUUAUACGAGGCGUCUUGAUGAGCUUUGGUGUGGAAGCACACGUUUCAGCUGAGAUCUCGCAAUUCCCUUCUGUCAUUUUCAACAUCCAAACUACGAUAAAUAACUAA